AGCAGAACAAGGACGUGACAGCCACUCUUUAUCCUACAAAAUAAGACCUCAUAACUCUCUUUACAACCUCUCUGCUGUCUUCCCAAGUUUCCUGUGAGAUGAGGCGUUUCCUCAGGUAUCUCCGGUCAAAGCUCGCUGCACGGUGUGGCAUGUCGACUAGGGGUGACGCUGCAGACAAUGACUGUGAGAGCUGCUCGGGCCGUGGCUGCGAGUUGAGUCUGCAGUUGGUGAAGAGGUACAGCUGGGCGGACAUAGAGGCGCUCACGGAGAACUUUGCCACGGUAAUAGGGUGCGGAGGGUUCAGCACCGUUUACCUUGGCCGGCUCUCUGGUGGCGUUGGUCCGGCUGCUAGACUGGCGGCUGUCAAAGUCCACUACGGCAGCGAGCGGAUCCACCUCGCGUUCAAGCAAGAGCUGGACAUCUUGCUCCGUCUCCACCACGAGAACAUAGUCGGCUUUCUAGGGUAUUGUGAUGACCCAGAAUCCGGGGCGCUUGUAUUCGAAUACGUCUCCAACGGGAACCUCCAGGAGAAACUCCACAGCCAGCAUCCGGCUCUUCCAUGGAGGGCCCGUAUUCGGAUAGCCUUCCAACUGGCCCAGGCCCUGGAGUAUCUCCACGAAAAGUGUGCCCUUCACGUCGUCCACGGGGACCUCAAGUCCUCAAACAUCCUCCUCGAUGACGCCCUCAACUGCCAACUCUGUGACUUUGGGUUCGCCAAGCUGGGCUUCUCCUCGAUGGUGCUGCCAUCUCCGAGGUCAAAGCACGUGAUGAUGGGGUCUCCAGGGUAUGUGGACCCGCAGUACCUGAGGACGGGGGUCGCAUCGAAGAAGAAUGACAUGUACAGCUUCGGUGUGAUAGUGCUGGAAAUGGUGAUGGGGAUGGAGGCGUUCUGCACAGACAGGGGCCAGGUUCUGGCUGCAAUCGCGGCUCCAGUGCUCGAGGACCUGGCUCGCCGAACAGCAGAGGAGGUGAUGGAGAUGGUGGACCCAAAGCUCUCAGGGGAGUUCGACGUGGAGGAGGCGAGGGAAAUGCUUAGUAUCGCUAAGCUUUGUCUCAACCAGUCGCCUGUGCUCAGGCCUUCUGCUGGCCGCGUGCUUCAGAUUAUGAACGAGAAGAUCUCCUCAUCCGUCGCCUUAUGCAGGUCUUCACCGGAGUGCCUUGGGAAAACUCCAUCAAAUAUGGCCAUUUAUUGUCCAAAAUAACUUAUCUAGCGUGCUCGUCGCUUACAAAUGUGGCUUUGUAAAUCAUCCAUUUAUGUAUUUCUAGGACAUAGUAUUGAGUGUAUAUGAUUGAUACUGGCUGAGCCAACAAAAAGUACAUGAUCCAUACUGUGUGGUGAAACUA